ACCAAGUACCUCAACCUCACAUCGCGACCCCUCUGAAGAUCUGUACCCGCCAGCUCCCCCGAGCUUCCCAGUGCUCAAGCGGCCGAUCAAUCCACCAUGAGUACGGCGGUGCCGGCGCGGACUCUUCGCACAAUGGCCUUUAGCCGGACCUCGGGUGGCUUCAUUGGACACACUCGACCAUCACUCAGAAGAGUGUCUCUCCACCCAGCUCGAGUCCCCGUCGCGUAUCGUCAAGCAUCCACCGCAUCCGAGCUAGCCACCGAUGGCCGUUCUGUUCUCACGCGCACGAGGAACUUACUGUACGGGACCUCAAUUGUUUUCUUCCUAGGCUUCGGAUACCUUUACAUAACCGACACGAGAGCCAGUAUUCACGAAUGGCUUGUUGUUCCGGCAUUGCGGAUGAUAUAUCCAGACGGUGAAGAGGCACAUCAUGCUGGAACUGUCGCAUUGAAGGGCCUGUACCAAUUCGGACUCCAUCCCAGGGAGCGGGGGAAUCCUGACGCUGCGGGUGAUCUGAGGGUGGAAAUAUUUGGACAUAUCCUGGAUAACCCCAUAGGGACAUCAGCUGGGAUUGAUAAAAAUGCCGAAGUACCGUCACCACUCCUCGCACUUGGUCCUGGCAUCGUGGAAAUUGGUGGAAUCACCCCACUGCCGCAGCCGGGUAACCCCAAGCCCAGAGUUUUUAGGAUACCCUCGCAAAACGCCAUGGUCAACCGAUAUGGCUUCAAUUCUGAAGGCGCAGAGCACGUUUCCAUGACGCUGCGCCAGAGAGUCAGAGAAUAUGCCUUACGUGUUGGUCUUGGUAUCGACGCAGAGGCUGAGCGGAUAGUACUGGACAGUGAGGCUGGAGUGCCUCCAGGGUCUUUGGUGCCGGGAAGGCUCCUCGCUGUUCAAGUUACCAAGAAUAAGUCGACCCCAGAUAAUGACAUUGAAGCCGUCAAACGAGACUUUGCUUUUGGGAUAGCACACCUGGGGAAGUACUCGGACAUCAUUGUGGUCAACGUCUCGAGUCCGAACACGCCUGGUCUGCGCGCACUGCAAAACGUGGCACCGCUAACGCAUAUCUUGACCACCUGCGUCAAGGCUGCGAGCGAAGUUGAUAGGAAAACAAAGCCUGCCGUCCUUGUCAAAGUCAGUCCAGAUGAAGACUCGGAGGAGCAAGUGUCCGGUAUAUGCGAAGCCAUAUGGCAAUCCGGCGUUGACGGAGUCAUCGUCGGCAACACGACGAAGAGGCGUCCAGAUCCAAUUCCAGAAGGGUACAGCCUCCCGCCAAAGGAAGCAGCCAUACUUCAAGAGCAGGGAGGAUACUCCGGACCACAACUGUUUCCAAGGACGCUGGAACUGGUCAAGCGAUAUCGCAAGAUGCUAGACGAAGGCCCAAAGUCUACCGAUGCCGAAUCCCCUACGGAAUCUCUCCGACGCAAAACCAUCUUUGCCACAGGAGGUAUCACAAAUGGAGGUCAAGCGCUCCAGAUACUGGAGGCUGGUGCAAGUGUUGCGAUGGUGUAUACAGCUAUGAUAUAUUCUGGUGCUGGCACAAUUACCAGGAUCAAGACCGAAAUGAGAAAUGAGCUUCGCGAAAAGUAACUAUUUGGAGCAUGGAUCACGGCCUGAUUUGUGUAUACUUACUGUACUUUAUGACCCAGCCUUGAAAUAGAUGAACACGUCCUUGGCAUCCAAUUCUUCUGCGAAGUAUAGCAGCAUAUCAUGCUUCUGUGGGCCUGGUGAUCCGCCCUGAUCGGUUGGUGUACUGUCGCUGUGGUAAAAUUAUCUAUUUAAGACUUGCUGCCUGGCCCCAAAUGGGAGGUCAACAUUGCCUAUAUUCUGGAAAUAAAAAAAAACAAGGCGGGCCGCUGGGUGUAACACCCUAUGUAGUCAAUACACAAUCCUCACCACCACCUGUGAGAUGUUCUAAUUGGCUUGAGCGGGCUCACGUUGCGUUGGAUUUGAGUAUUUAUAAGUAUUUAAGCUGGAGAGCAAGCUGAUAAAGGACUAUUCUAAAUUAUAUAGUGUAUAACUAUCUACAGAGACUACACGCUUAAUAUUAGUCAAAU